ACAAUCGUUGGUGGACGCACGGUACUCGGGAUGUUAUGUCUUUUUUCCUACUUGAUCUUCAAGUUCCAUCGAAGACACUUAUCAUCAGAUGAAGAUAUUGAAGAAUUCUUGCAAAAUCACAAAAAUUUUCAGCCCAUCAGGUAUUCAUAUUCACAUUUAAAGAAGAUGACCAAUAAUUUUAAAAAUAAAUUAGGUCAAGGCGGCUUUGGCUCUGUAUACAAAGGUAAACUUCGAAGUGGUCAAAUUGUAGCAGUAAAAAUGUUGGUCAUAUCAAAAGCUAAUGGGCAAGAUUUCAUUAAUGAAGUUGCUACAAUUGGAAGGAUUCAUCAUAUUAAUGUGGUACGACUUGUUGGAUUUUGUGUGGAAGGAUCAAAAUGGGCCCUCAUAUAUGACUUCAUGUCGAAUGGGUCUCUUGACAAGUUUAUCUUCCUCAAAGGAGAAAAGAGCAUUCCUUUAAGUUGGGAAAGAUUGUACAAGAUUGCACUUGGAGUAGGGCGUGGAAUUGAAUACUUACACCAAGGGUGUGACAUGCAAAUUCUACAUUUUGAUAUCAAGCCGCACAAUAUUCUUUUGGAUGAAGACUUUACUCCAAAAGUUUCAGACUUUGGCCUUGCAAAAUUAUAUUCAACAGAUGAAAGUAUUGUGUCUCUCACUGCAGCUCGAGGAACAUUAGGAUACAUUGCUCCAGAAUUGUUCUAUAAAAACAUUGGGCAUGUGUCAUAUAAGGCUGAUGUUUAUAGUUUUGGAAUGUUGUUAAUGGAGAUGGUGGGAAAACGGAGGCAUGUGAGUGCACAUGAAGAAAAUCUAAGUGAGAUAUUCUUCCCAUCAUGGAUUUAUGACCAAAUUGAACAAGGUGGACAUAUGGAAAUGGGCGAUGCCACAGAGGAUGAAAAGAAAUAUAUGAGAAAAAUGAUCAUAGUUGCAUUAUGGUGUGUGCAAAUGAAGCCCAUAGACCGCCCUUCUAUGAGCAAAGCACUAAAUAUGCUUGAAGGUGACGUUGAAAUCUUGCAAAUGCCUCUUAAGCCUACUCUAUAUUCCCAUGAAAUGUCAACUCAAGAUCGGCAGAACAACCCAAUGGGGGAUCUAAUUUCCUUAUGUAAUGCAAGUAUUACAAUUAGCUUAUAUGGAAGGUAA